AUGGGAAAGAAAGAUAAAAAAAGUAAAGAAAAAAAGGAAAAAGCAAAAUUGAAAAAAGAAAAACAGAAACUUAAGUCAUUAAAAUCAAAAAAAAAAAAAACAAAUAGUUUAAAUGAUGAGGAUUUUGAAACAAUAUGUUUAUACUAUGAAAAUUUAAAUAAAAAGGAUAAAUAUGGUCAUAUAAAUAUAAACACAACAUCAAACAAUAGUUUUGUAGAAUGUGAAAAGCCAAGUCCAAGGUCUAAUUGCUCUAUUACAUUUAUUAACGAAGAAGAAUUUCUUUUGUUUGGGGGUGAAUAUAAUAAUAAUAAUGAACUAAUAGCAUAUAAUGAUUUAUUUAAAUACAACGUAGUAAAAGAUAAAUGGAAAUAUUAUUUUACAACAUCUAAAAAACCUAAACCACGAUGUUCUCAUCAAGCAGUUUAUUAUAAUAAAAAAUUGUACAUUUUUGGUGGGGAAUUAUGUACGAAUACCCAAUUUUUUCACUAUAAUGAUUUUUGGGCAUUUGAUAUAAAAAAUAAUGUCUUUGAAGAAUUGGAAACAAAAAAUACUAAAGACGAUAAGCCAUCGCCACGAAGUGGGCAUAGAAUGAUACUAUGGAAAAGUUCAAUAGUUAUGUUUGGUGGUUUUUUUGAUAAUGGAAAAUCAGUAGAAUAUUUUAAUGAUAUAUAUAUGUAUAUAAUAAAUAGUAAUAAAUGGAUUAACUUAACAAACAUAUAUACAAAUUCGUUAUUUAAAAAGUUAUCUGAAAGUAGUACUGGAACCAUUCCUGGUAAAGAUAGUCAAAAUAAUGCAUCAGCAACCGUAACAAAUGAAAAAAAAAAAAAUAGAAGUAAUGACUCUCAAAUUUUGAAGAGUAAAUUUUUUAAAAAUUUUGACCUUGAUUCAUAUAUGCCAUCAAAAAGAUCAAGUGUAAGUUUAUUCACAGAUACAAAAUUUAAAAACAUUUAUAUUUAUGGUGGAUAUUCCCAAGUAAAAUGCACUUCAAGAAAUGCGAUUGGAUUUUAUUACAACGAUUUAUGGGUUUUAAAUAUAAACUUUGUGUGUGAAAAUAAUAUUUCAGUAAAUUUUAAAAAAUUAAAAAAAAGCACAUUCCAACCAUCGAAAAGGGUGGGAUUUAGUACAUGUGUUUAUAAAAAUUCUUUAUUUUUAUUUGGUGGUGUUUUCGAUCAAGUUGAUCAAAACGCUUCGAAAAAAAAUACCAACAAAGGAAAUAAUUCAAAUGCAAAAAACAACAACCAAAUGGAAGAAUCCUUAAAUAUGCAUUCCAUAUUUUUCAACGAUUUAUAUGUAUUCGAUAUGAAUAAAGAGCGUUGGUCUUAUUUAAGUUUAAAAAAUAUAGAAACAGCAAAUUUAAAAAAAAAUACUAAGGAAGUAGAAGAAAAGGAAUCAAGCAAAUUAAAACUGAAAGGCAGUAAUGAAAAUAAAAACAAUAGUAAUAAUGGUGACCUUUUAGUAGAAAAUGAAGAACAAGUCGGAACAGAGGAUGAGGUAAAAUCUUCGAGAAAAAAGAAAAAAAAUAAUAAGCUUAAGGAACCCAAUUUUUUAGAUAGUUGCAAUUCAAACAAUUUAUAUAAUGAUGAUAAUGAUGAUGAAUAUUAUUCUAAUAUUUUUGUAUAUUUUGAUGAAAAUGGAAAUAAAAAAAUUAUAAAAAUAGAUAAAGAAGAAGACGAAAAAUCAGAAACAUCGAAUUAUAAAAGAGAAUGUAAUAGCGAUGUUACAAAAAACGACGAAUCAGAUAUAUUAUCAAGUAAGGAAGAAGCAUGUACUAUUGUAGAUCAACAUAUUGAUAAUAAUUAUUCGAUCGUUAAAAAUUGCUCAUAUUUGAAAGAAAAUAAUAUUGAAUUAAGCAAUGGUAAUAUAAAUAAUUCGAAAGAGAGGGAAAAUAAUUGUUAUAUAAAUGAAGAAAUAAGCAAUUUUAUUAUAAAAGAAAAAAUAAACGAAGAAAUAAAAGUAGAAGUAAAUGAAGAAAUAAAUGAGCAAAUAGAUGAACAAAUAGAUGAGAAGAUAAAUAAUUUAGUAAACUCAGACAUAGAAAGCAAUAAUGAAGAGCAUAAAAAAAUGAAAUUCAUAAUAAAUGAUAUCGAACCUAUAGGAAGAAUAAAUAGCCAUAUAUUUGUAAUAAAUAAAGACUUAUAUUUAUUUGGUGGAAUGUAUGAAUAUAAAAAUAAUGAAAUUAUGCUUAAUGAUUAUUGGAAAAUUAAUGUUUUUAAAAGAGAAAAAUGGAAUUUAUUAGAUAAAGGUAAUUUAGAUGAAAUAUAUGUAGAAGAAUCUGACUCGAGCUCUAUUAUAUCAAUUGAUGAUUCCAACAAAGAUGAGAAGGAAGUUGAAGAAUUAAUACUUCAUAAUAAAAUUAAAAAAAUCGAAAAUAAAAUAAAAAUGGAAACAUUUGGAUUGAAUUUUGAUCCUAACGAAAGUUUAAAUGAAUUUUUUGCAAGAACAAAACAACAUUGGUUGAAAGAACUUAACACACCAAAUGAGAAUAAGCAAAGUAGAAAAGAUGCCUUUAUUUUGUGUGAAAAAAAAUACAUAGAGCUUAAAGUAUAUUACAAAAAAAUUGAUAAAUACAGGGAAUUGCUCCUAGAUGAAGAAUAUGAUGGAAGUGUAGAUGACGAUGAUUCAGAUGAAAAUGAAGAAAGUUCUUCUUCCAUAAAUGAUUGA